AUGGGUGGCCUUGUGACAUCAUGCCUUUCCCCACGUUUAUCCUUGGUUGGUUGGCUGGGCCGUCAACUCCCGGCUUCGACAUCAACCGUGCCAUUAAUAGAGUUAUUGUUCGGCUGCUUGAGGAAAGAUACAGAUGAAGAAACCAUUUCUCUUGUACUAGGCUCACACUAUAAUCUUUUGAGGGGCCAAGCUCCAACCACGACCAAGGGUGUCGUGUCUCUCAGAUCUCGAGUAAUUAUCCAAACAAACUCUCACGGGUUCGAAGCUCACAUCCUAAUUGUCGUCAACAUAACUCCAUCACUUCUACCUCCUUCGGCUAGUCCAUCACUUCUGGCAACAACUCCAAGCACUCACACCUUAGAGCUAAGACACGAGCCACAACCUUGUUACUUAAUCCAGAAAUGGGAGGUUUCAACGCUGUGUGGUACGCUGGAAUUCAUGGCGGGAGCUGUCAUUAGUUUUUAA